AUGCCACCAAAGAAAUCCUUAAAUGCCAAGAAAUUCACAAGAGAAUACAAGUUAAAGGAAAUUCAAAGAAACUUAACGAGAAAAUCCAGAUUAAAGAAACAAUAUCUAAAAGCGUUGAAAGAAGAAGGUUAUGCUAUACCGCAGAAUACUGAAUCAGAUGAACACUUAGAUGGUAAAAAUACUGCCACAGCUAAGUUAACAGGUAGAGAUCGUAAAGUCAUAAAAAGGCAGAAUUCAGAAUUAAAAUAUGAAGAGAAAAAGAAGUUAAAACAGGAAAGAUUAUAUAAAAAAAGACAAGAUCGGGAAUUCAAAAGAGAAAAAGAAUUAAAUAGAAUAAAAGAAAUCAAGUCUAAGCACCAAACAAAGAUUGAUAGAAGAGAAAAAUUGGCCCAAAGGACAAAAACAGGACAACCUUUGAUGGGUCCCAGAAUAGAAGAUUUAUUAAAUAAAAUUAAAAACGACGAUACAUAUACUAAUUAG